UGGACAAAUCAGGUGGAUCGGUUGAGCUCCAGCAUCGGUUCUGUCCCAGGCUGAGAAAAAUGAAAACCUCACUGAAUACCACCGGAUGUUACAUGGAUUGGCUGUCAAAAUUAACGCGCCACAUCGAAUCAAUCAGCACGGCACAAUAGAGGGCGAGCGACCAGGAUUUUAUUUUGAAAACCACAACAGCAGCCUCGUUCGGUAUUAUAAUCCGUGGAUACGAAUGACAGGAGGAGUAAGAGUUCAACACGCUGAAGUUGAACUUGUCCUGAAAAUUAUUUGAAUAUUUAUCACUCGCGUUUUUUCCCAAUUCCUAACCCACUUUUUUUCUGUUUGUACUCAACUUUUCUUUUACCACCACGCUUCCUCCACCCGGCGGUGUGGCUCGGCUGACCAGGUCUGCUGUCAAACUUUGACAUGGAUUUUUUUUGCACCGACGACGGACGGACUGAAGGUUUUGGGAAUUUCCUUCAGUAGCUAAUUUACUGAGACUGUGUUGGAAUCCGUUUUAAUAUAGACUGCCAUUAAGUAAUCUGGCUGACAGACAUGCAAAAGUUGACUUCUACCGGUGACUACAACAACAUGCUGCCCCGGGACGCGGAGCUCCAGCUGCGGUUAGCUGACAGCGGACGACCCGGGGACGGGAGAGAGAACGGCGGGAACCACUUCCACAGCCAGACCGAGGAGGAAAACAGCUCCUUCUGCACCAAGAGGAAGAUGCUGGUCGCUUUGGAUCUGUUAUGUCUGUGUGUCGCCUCCAUCCCUUUCUUUGCCUGUGAACUGAAGGCGGUGACUCCGUAUGAGCGGGGUUUCUUCUGCGGUGACUCAACCAUCACCUAUCCCUUCAGAGACAGGGAGGCCAUCCCUGACGUGCUGCUCAUUGCUGGUGGAAUCGUCAUCACUGGCCUCACGAUUGCGCUGGGCGAAUGUUACCGGGUGCGAUUCCGAAGCGUGCACUCCAGGGCUUUUGUGAGCAACCGUUACGUGUCAUGCUUGUACAAGGAGUUGGGAAGCUUUCUGUUUGGCUGCUGUGUGGGUCAGUCUCUCACCAAUAUGGCCAAGCUAAGUGUGGGGCGACUGCGACCCAACUUCCUGUCGGUCUGCAACAUCACCUAUGCAUCCAUCAACUGCACUCCAGGCAGUUAUGUGCCCCACGUCGAAUGCCCGCGGACGAGUAAGAAGAUGGUGGAAGAGGCGCGGAAGUCGUUUUUUUCUGGCCAUGCGUCCUUUGCGAUGUACACCAUGCUUUAUCUGGCGUUCUACCUGCAGGCCCGGUUUUCGUGGCGAGGAGCUCGACUGUUGCGUCCACUAAUACAGUUCAUCUUGGUGAUGAUUGCCAUCUACACGGGCCUGAGCCGCAUCUCUGACUACCGUCACCAUCCCUCCGAUGUCAUCACAGGCUUCAUCCAAGGAGGGCUUACUGCAUACUGGGUGGCCUUCUACAUCUCGUCCAUGUUUAAGCCCUGUGUCCGUCCAGACCUGUCUCCCACCAGCAUGUCCUUGGAGAGUCCACUGUCCAGCCAACAGACUGUCUGCUAGAAACAUAGUGUCAUUCCAGGAACCAGAAGACAGGACAAGAUGGCCUGCAGAAAGACAGGCAGAAUGUCAGACAGGCGAGGAGAAAGGGAAGCUUGGUUUUAGAAAAGGGAAUCUUUCUAAUAGAAGGAUGCCCGUUAAAGCUGCCGUAGCACAAUCUAACACAGGCUCACCUUUUUGGGGCAUACUGAUAAACAUCAUAAUGCACACUCACAGUGACCUUAACAGGUUUACAUACACACACACACACACACACACACACACGUGAAUGACAAAAAGCACAUCUGACUGUAAGUCAAACCCGUCCAUUGAGAAGAAAUGCAUAGUUAUAUUAUAGAUAUUUUUAUAUGUUAAAUGAAAAUGUCUAUUUUUUAAGAUGAUUUUUUUUUAGAGCUGCUAACACUGUUAAUAGUUGAGAGUUUGAAAAUGUUUUCUUCUGUGAUGGAAGCUUUUUGGACAGUGGUCUACUUUCAAAGCAGCGCUGGUGUUUCCUGUCUUUGAACGGAAAUGAGCCAGCACCAAAAUGAUCCGUCUCAUUUCUGAAUUUCUAGUCAUGUUGGAAAAAGUUACCCGGCUGUUGAUGCCAUCAGACAUCUCUUUACCGUCUGACAGAACUGACAGCGAUAACGAAAACGUAUGGGCCUUAAACCUCCUGACUUUCAGCAUCCCACUGUUCAAUCAGACUUGCUAUUGCAUAAAUCUGACUACCGUAAAUGACAACUUGUUCGUAAGCAAAGAAACAGAGUAUUUGUCUUUCCCUCUUGAAUAACUGAGGUAGUGAUGUUGACAAAUCUGGUGAGAAAGUAAUUCCUACCCCAUUUCUGCCUUUUUUCUGUACUAACCACUUUGUCUCUGAGUUGAAGGUUUGACUGAAUUUUGUAAUUGUUUGCUCCACUCUGAGCUGCACCUUGAUUUUUUUCCUUUUAAUACCACUUUAACAGGAGAGCCAAAAGGGCCACAUUGGUCCUCCUGUACAUUUUUAUUAAUAGCACUUGAAUAUACAUAAUGGAAAUACAUAUAAUCAAUAUUAUUUGAAAUAAUCAGUGUUUAUUUCUGUUAAUGUCAGACACAUAUAGUAUAUGUGUGUGUUUUUUUUCUCCUUGAAAUGAUAAUUAUUCAAAUUGAAUGUAAAUAGUCAUUUUAUAAACCACACAGAAUUUUAAAAGUAUUAGUGCCAUUUGUGAACCAUUUCAAUGUUUGUGUUUUAUGUUUUGAUCAGGUACGGAGACUUGCUGUUGUGUCUGUGGUAACUACUAGACUGAGCCACAAAUAUGAUCAGAAAGCUAUAUUUUGUGUUUCCAGUUCUUUUUAUUGUCUGUGAAUGCCACAAAGGCUGAAAUAACCACUGUAUUAAAAAAGAAAACCCCAAACCAAUAAAAUGAAUGUUAAAUGUU